AUCCUUUUUAUUCACACAUCAACAAAUGGAGCACCUUUGGCUAUGGCUCCUCGGAGCUUUGGCAGCUUCUUAUACUUUUGUCUUUCUCAUUCUCAAAAACCUUAAUCAAUGGUGGUUCAUCACUCGACAUGGCCGUCGUUACAAUCUCCCUCCCGGCGAUAUGGGCUGGCCGCUCAUCGGAACACUUCUCUCUUUUCUUCAAGCUUUCCGAUCCGGUCGCCCUGAUUUAUUCAUUCAUCAAUUUGCCUAUAAGUAUGGGAAGAUAGGAAUGUACAAGACGUAUUUAUUCGGAAGCCCAAGCGUGAUCGUGACGGCACCGGAAGUAUGCCGGCACGUGCUGAUGAACGACGAACAAUUUGGCUUCGGUUACUCAAAAGCCACUAGAAUUCUCACCGGAGGUAAGGCUCUCAACACCGUCCCCAGGCCGGAGCACCGCCGUCUACGCCGGCUCAUCGCUUCUCUUAUCAGCGGCAACGAGGCGUUGUCGCUAUACAUAGGGCACGUGGAGGGGAUUGUGGUGACGUGCUUAGAAGAGUGGGCGAGCAUGAAGAAGCCGGUGGAGUUCUUGUCGGAGAUGAAAACGGUGGCAUUUAAGGUUUUGUUACACAUCUUCAUCGGAGCUAAUACCGCGGCUUUUAUUGAUAGAAUGGAGAAGCUCUACAAUGACUUCCACUUAGGUUUCAUGUCCUCCCCCGUCGAUCUCCCCGGAACUACCUUCAGCCGAGCUCUCAAGGCAAGAAAUGAGUUGAUAAAGAUAUUUGAAAAUGUACUAAAAGAGAAGAGGGAAAAUUUGAAGAACAAAGUGGCAGAAAAUAGAAAAAAAGAUAUGACUGAUUUAUUAUUAGAAGUAAAAGAUGAAGAUGGUCAAGGCUUGGAUGAUGCUUGUAUUAUUGAUCUCUUGAUUGGAUUUUUCUUUGCUGGCCAUGAAACUUCUGCUCAUAGUAUUAUGAGAGCCAUCAUGUUUCUCUCUGAAAACCCCGAAACCCUUCAAAAAGCUAAGGCUGAGCAAGAGCAAAUUGUGAAGGCAAGGCCAGCUGAUGCUCAACAUAAAGGCUUGACUAUGAAGGAAAUCAAACAAAUGGAAUAUCUUUACAAGGUGAUCGAUGAAACAUUGAGAAAGACAAGUUUGGCCUUCACGUUAUCAAGAGAGACAAAAGUUGACGUUAACUUGAAUGGCUACACCAUACCAAAGGGAUGGAAAAUCCUUGUUUGGACAAGAGCUGUUCAUAUGGAUCCUGAAAUAUAUGAAAACCCACAAAAAUUCGACCCCUCGAGAUGGGACAAUCCAAAACGAAGAGCUGGAUCUUUCAUUCCAUUUGGAGCAGGAAUGAGACUUUGCCCUGGAAUUGAUCUAUCCAAACUUGAAAUUGCCAUUUUCCUUCAUUAUUUCAUCCAUGGUGGCUUCAGACUUGAGAGAGUAAAUCCAAACUGCCCAGAAAAUCAUCUGCCAUUGCCAAGGCCAACAGACAACUGUCUUGCAAGAGUUGUAAGAGAUUCAUAAGUCUUCAAAUAUUAUGAAAGGAGAUCACAAAAAAUGGGAUCCCCAAAUUCUAAUUUAAAAUUUUCAACUCAAAGUAUAUAUAUAUUAUAAUGUAGUUUUAUUAGUAACAUUUCAAUAUAUUUUCACUUAAUUUAUGUUUUUAGUUUUGUAUGGGUUUAUGAAUAAACCAUCUCAGUUUCAUGCUACUGAUGAAAAGCCUUUGUUAAUUUCGUGUGCAGAAAUAUAUAAUUUAUUUAAUUUAAUCCUACUGAGGUAGUAAUGUUGA